UGAAGCGCGCUAAUGCGUUGUCAUGUGACCAGCUCAUCACGAGCAACAACCGCAAAAGUGAACACAUGAUUACUCCUUCCGUGAUCUCUGUGUGCAUAAGUACUGUGGCUGUUCUGUAACUACUUACGGCCUAAUUCAACGAAAAAAGUAAGUGCCGGUUAAAUACGUUCAUCCGGCUCAUUAAUCAUUCAGUGUACUCAAAUACCAGCAUACUCUUGGUUACUUAAAUGUUGGCUAUCUUGUUGCAAUCACUGUUGGGAUCUUCUCGGACUGAAACUAGCUAGAUUGUCUUUCAAGUCUAGACAUGUCAUGGCUUAUUGCUAGUAAACUGAUUAACGUUUCAGCUCAUUUUACUCCCAGAUGUUUCACUUGGUGUUGUCCCUGCUGUUCGGAGCAUUGGGGACUCUCGGGGCACCUGAAGUAGAUGAAAUAAAGUUCCUCCCUGGGCUUCAAAAGCAGCCUAACUUCAAACAGUAUUCGGGAUACUUCAAUGUGGCAGACAACAAACACCUUCACUACUGGUGAGUGGGUAGCCUUCUCUUUUUAGCAAUUAUGACUAAGUCAUGCCAUACUAACUAGCUACAUAUUUACUUCAAACCUAAAGGGAGUAUUAUAUGUGUAGGGCACAUGACUUUAGCAAUGAGGAAGUGUCUUGGGUUGAAUAUUUCCUCAUGCAAACCACGUGCCCAGUACGCUGCUUAAUUUGGCACGCAGCCAGCUUAUCACUUGAGUAGUUUUAUAUUUAAUCAGCUCCUCAAGUUAUGUCAACAGAAUUCAUGUGGGUAUUACGUCCUACACGACUUCCAUUCAUGUGAAUCUAUCAUGCAGGUUUGUGGAGUCUCAGAAGGAUCCAGCUGGCAGCCCAGUGGUUCUGUGGCUGAACGGGGGCCCUGGGUGCAGCUCCCUUGACGGUCUACUCACAGAACAUGGGCCUUUCUUGGUAAGGAGAAGCCAAGAUAUUUAUCAAUGGUCUAUGGGAGAAAUUAUCUAGCUACGUUUUUCACUUUAGAUCACCAAUGAUGUGUGAUGUAUUGUUGUCUCUACCUUUCUUUCCCUUUGUGCGGUUGUCUCUGCCCAGCUGCUGUUGUGUUGCUGCCAUGCUGUGUUGUCUUAGGUCUCUCUUUAUGUGGUGUCUGUCUUGUCGUGAUGUGUUUUUGUCCUACAUUUUUAUUUUUAAUCCCAUCCCCACAGGAUACCUUUUGGGAGGCUAUCAUUGUAAAUAAGAAUUUGUUCUUAACUGACUUGCCUAGUUAAAUAAAACCAACAGUCUCAGUUAACCCAUACCUGUUUAAAAAUUUAGUUUUGAGAAGUCUCCAUCCUCUCAAAAGGAAACUCAGCCAAAGCACCACCCCACCCCUUCCGCUAAUUUCACCACGCGCAAAGCAGUCGCAGUUUAAGCAUCGCCUUCGCCGCCUCAUCCUGAUGCGUCCAAAUAAUCAGUGAUGAAAACCCAAACACAGGAACUACUGCUGCUCGUUAUCCUAUGAAUUCAAUCCCGCCGUGACAGAUUCUUCGUUUUUAUGCACAGAAUCUGUCCAUGAGAGAUUAAUGACAACUUUCUUCAAAUGCUGCUAGUAUAAUUCUCCCGCUAGUGUAAAUGGUCAAUCUUACAACUGAAAUUAACAUUGUCUUCCAUUUUAAGAUGUUUUGUCAUGUGUUGCAGAACCACUGCCUUGGCAUAAUCUUUGAACGAAGUCUGCUGUUCUCAUUUCAGAUUCAAAAUGAUGGCAUGUCACUGGAGUACAACCCCUAUUCCUGGAACAUGGUUUGUUUCUUUCAUCUAGCAUUUCAUCACCCAGAUCUGUGUGUGCUCAUGCCAACUCCAUUGCUGUUAUUGUCAAGCCUAUGUUUGGUAUGACAAUGAGUUGGCAUGAUGGCACAGACUGGCACACACAUACAUGCAUAAAUACAGUUGAAGUCGGAAGUUUACAUACACCUUAGCCAAAUACGUUUAAACUCAGUUUUUCACAAUUCCUGACAUUUAAUCCUAGUAAAUAUUCCCUGUCUUAGGUCAGUUAGGAUCACCACUUUAUUUUAAGAAUGUGAAAUGUCAGAAUAAUAGUAGAGAGAAUGAUUUAUUUCAGCUUUUAUUUCUUUCAUCACAUUCCCAGUGGAUCAGAAGUUUACAUACAUUCAAUUAGUAUUUGGUAGCAUUGCCUUUAAAUUGUUUAACUUGGGUCAAAUGUUUUGGGUAGCCUUCCACAAGCUUCCCACAAUAAGUUGGGUGAAUUUUGGCCCAUUCCUCCUGACAGAGCUGGUGUAACUGAGUUAGGUUUGUAGGCCUCCUUGCUCGCACACGCUUUGUCAGUUCUGCCCACACAUUUACUAUAGGAUUGAGGUCAGGGCUUUGUGAUGGCCACUCCAAUAUCUUGACUUUUUUGUCCUUAAGACAUUUUGGCACAACUUUGGAAGUAUGCUUGGGGUCAUUGUUCAUUUGGAAGACUCAUUUGUGACCAAGCUUCCUGACUGAUGUCUUGAUGUUGCUUCAAUAUAUCCACAUGAUUUUCCUUCCUCAUGAUGCCAUCUAUUUUGUGAAGUGCACCAGUCCCUCCUGCAGCAAAGCACCCCCACAGCAUGAUGCUUCCACCCCCGUGCUUCACGGUUGGGAUGGUGUUCUUCGGCUUGCAAGCCCCCACCUUUUCCUCCAAACAUAACGAUGGUCAUUAUGGGCAAACAGUUCUAUUUUUGUUUCGUUAGACCAGAGGACAUUUCUCCAAAAAGUAAGAUCUUUGUCCCCAUGUGCAGUUGCAAACCAUAGUCGUCUGGCUUUUUUAUGGCGGUUUUGGAGCAGUGGCUUCUUCCUUGCUGAGCGGCCUUUCAGGUUAUGUCAAUAUAGGACUCGUUUUACUGUGGAUAUAGAUACUUUUGUACCUGUUUCCUCCAGCAUCUUUACAAUGUCCUUUGCUGUUGUUCUGGGAUUGAUUUUUCGCACCAAAGUACGCUCAUCUCUAGGAGACAGAACGCGUCUCCUUCCUGAGCGGUAUGACGGCUUCGUGGUCCCAUGGUGUUUAUACUUGCGUACCAUUGUUUGUACAGAUGAACGUGGUACCUUCAGGCGUUUGGAAAUUGCUCCCAAGGAUGAACCAUACUGGUUGAGAGAGUGCAAAGCUGUCAUCAAGGCAAAGGGUGGCUACUUUGAAGAAUCUCAAUUAUAAAAUAUAUUUUGAUUUGUUUAACCCUUAUUUUUUUUUGUUACUACAUGAUUCCAUAUGUGUUAUUUCAUAGUUUUGAUGUCUUUACUGUUAUUCUACAAUGUAGAAAAUAGUAAAAAUAAAGAAAAACCCAUGAAUGAGUAGGUGUCUGAAAUUUUGACUGGAGAUGUGUAUGUGUGUGUGUGUGUGUAUAUAUAUAUAUAUAUAUAUAUAUGAGUUACAACAGGUGUGAUGUUUUUAGAUUGCCAACGUGUUGUACCUGGAGUCACCAGCAGGUGUUGGAUUUUCCUACUCUGACGAUAAGAAGUACACAACCAAUGACACUGAGGUGAGUUGUUACCUGAAGAACCACUCCGCUUAACCAGUUAGGUGACAUGUUGAGGAACCUAGGACUUGAUUGACUUAUGAAUUGUUAAAUGGGAUCGCUCGUAGCCAUUUAGCAGAUGCUUUUAUCCAAUGUGACUUAUAAUAGUGUAGGCAUAAAUGUUUGUAUUGGUGACCCCAGCGGGAAUUUAGCCCACGACCCUUAACCAACUGAGCCACACAGGACCACCCAUCAAGACUGACACAUCAAGCCAAAUGUUUUCGACGUGCAUGAUGCAUCUCCCAAUCCCUUCCGACAGCCAUUUCCGAUGAGUUGAGUCGUUGUUGGGACUGUACAUGAGCUCAUUGAGUAAUAUAUUGGCUUUUCUUCUCUAGGUGGCCAUGAAUAACUACCUGGCCUUAAAGGAGUUCUUCAAAGCCUUCCCAGAGUACAGCAAGAAUGAGUUCUUCCUGACGGGCGAGAGCUACGGAGGCAUCUACAUCCCCACCCUGGCAGAGAGAGUGAUGGAGGACGCCAGCAUGAACCUGCAGGUGAGAAAGAGAUCUACAAAUGCAUCCCAAAAGGCACCCUAUCCCCUGGUCAAAAGUUGAGCACUCAAUGGGGACUAGGGUGCCAUUUGGGAUGCAUCUGUAGGACUUUCUUCUUCCCUUCAGUAACUCCCCGCCAAAUCAGAAUUAAUUAAAUGGGCAAAAUCAAUAUAGGGGUUAACCUACUUGGCCUAUUUGAGUGAUAGGUUGAGCCUUCACUGUAAUGCUUGUCAAUCCAGCUCCUCCUGAUCUAGGAGGUUGAGUUACCAUGGGUAGAAGGGAGAGAUCAAGAGUUGUAUGUUUGGAAACGUCUACUAGCCAGACACGCUCCCCAUUGACAGUUGUCGCUUUGCAGGGGUUUUCACUCAACACUGGUCUUUGAGGACAUGCAUUCUGCUUGGUUUAGCCUAAUGCGCACCACUGCAUUUAAAAUUGUUUGGCAUUUUAAGAGCAGUGUUUGGAGUUGUGGUACCUUUUCACCUACUAAAUGUCUACUGACUAAAUCCUGUCACGUAAGAAUGGAUGUUAAAUGUUUUUUUCCUCCAGGCUUAUGUAGGCUAGAUUUAUUUUCAGGAGCCCUAAUAAUCAUGCGGUCUAUAUUCAGAACCACGUUCCUGUAAAGCUUAGAGGAUCUCAUGUUAAAUAUUGUUGAAGUAAUAUGGCUACAGGUUCAUCUGCCUCACCUAAAGCCCAUUCCUGUGGGAAGUUGCUAUAGACCACCAAGUGCUAACAGUCAGUAUCUGGCUAUGUUUGAAAUGCUUGAUAAUGUAUGUGAUAUCAACAGAGGUAUAUUUUCUGUGUGAUUUCAAUAUUGACUGGUUUAUAUCAAGCUGCCCACUCAAGAAAAAUCUUCAAACUGUAAUCAGUGCCUGCAACCUGGUUCAGUCAACCUACCAGGGUGGUUACAAAUAGCACAGGAAUUAAAUCAACAUGUAUUGAUCACAUCUUUACUAAUGCUGCAGAAAUUUGCUUUAAAGCAGUAUCCAAAUCCAUCGGAUGUAGUGAUCACAAAAUAGUAGCCUUAUCUAAGAGAACCAAAGUUCCAAAGGCUGGGCCUAAUAUAGUGUAUAAGAGGUCAUAUAAGAAGUUUUCUAGUGAUUCUUAUAUUGAUGAUGUAAAGAAUAUUUGCUGGUCUGUGUGUAAUGAGGAGCAACCAGACGCUGCACUUGACACAUUCAUGAAAUUGCUUAUUCCAGUUUCUAAUAAGCAUGCACCCAUUAAGAAAAUUAAUGUUAAAAACUGUUAAAUCCCUGUGGAUUGAUGAGGAAUUGAAAAUGUGUAUGGUUGAGAAGGAUCAGGCAAAUAGGUCUGGCAGCACAACCGUACUGCAAAUUGAGGUCAUGUGACUAAACGGAAUAAAAAGGAGAAACUAUAUAUACUAUAAAACAAAGAUGAAGUAAAAGCUUUGGAGCACCUUGAAAUGACAUUUUGGCCAAAUUCGGCUCCAUCAUUUAUUGAAUCAGAUGGCUCAUUCAUCACAACCACACUGAUAUUGCCAACUAUUUUAAUGAUUUUCUCAUUGGCAAGAUUAGCAAAUGUAGUCAUGACAUGCCAGCAACAAACGCCGACACUACACAUCCAAGUACAGUCCAUUUGGAAAGUAUUCAGACCCCUUGACCUUUUCCACAUUUUGUUACGUUACAGCCUUAUUCUAAAAUUGAUUGUUUUUUAAAACGUCCCCAUCAAUCUAUACACUAUACCCCGCAAUGACAAAGCAAAAACAGGUUUUUAGAAAUGUUUGUGAAUUCUAUUAAAAAUAAAAAAGGUACCUUAUUUAAACGUAACCCUCUCACCAGGCUCGAAUUUGACUCUCACAAUAUUACCUUAUUUAGAAUAUCUGAACAGCAUGGGAUAUUAGGUGAGAAGGACAUCUCCAAUAAGAAUCCCUAUUGUAAACUUGCUAGGGUGAAUGACAAAUAGGGUAUUAACUUCAGAUAGAAUGAUUAUAGACUUGGUUAUUAUUAUAAGGAUAUGCUUUCCCAUGCAUUAAAUGAAACUGAAACAGUAAAUGACUCCACCAAUACAACAGACAUAAGGUUCAAGAUCUAUAUUAAUCAAAUGUUCAAUGUAUCACAUCAAAAGAAAUAAAAAUUAUAAACCCCAAUGAUUUUUCCACAACCCAUGUCCAAAUUAUUUGCAAGCUUGCUUAAACCCUGGGUGCGCGUUGGAGCUCAUAAAAAAAAAAAAAAAUGACGGCAUACAUAAAGUCCCGAAGUCCACCACACAUUUGUAGUUACUCACUACUUGUAGAUAAUGCCUCAGCAAAAUAUAGUAGUUCCGUGCAGGUGUCCUCACAAGAUCCACAGCGAACACAGCUAUCAAUGCAGCCAGUACUCGGUAGCAGCAACAGACAUCCGUUGGAAACCCGAACUCGUUGAUCGUCACAAGCAAUUCUCUCCAAGUCUUGCACGAUGCUAGGCUAACCUCUAGGAUGUCGAAUGUCUCCACAAUGCGACGGCAGCUUCAGUCUCUACUAGGUCUUUCUUAACGAAAUAAUAAACACUCUCUUAUAGAAAUAAAAUCAGGAUUUCCCUUUAAAAAAAACUCUGUAGAUAUGGUUUUGUUUUCUCUUUAUUGUUUCCUUUGGUAGUUUUUCCUUCACCAACCCCACUAACGUCUCUCCUCUCCCUUCGUUCAACCUUUUCCCUCUCUUUUCUUUCCCAGCAACCAGUCCACUCUCCCAUUGGCCACAAGUUACCUCAUUGGUCAAAACUUUAACGAGAUACGUGGGAAACUUAAACUUAAAAGUAAACCAACCUAUUCACUUGUAAAACAAUUGCUUCUAAAUAAAUUCAUUAAUGACAUUACAAAUCAAGAGCUAUUCGAUCACCUUUUAAAUCUAAUACCAAUGAAUUAUAACAACUCAAUACUUGGUUUUAGCAAGGUAUUACAUAAAUAAGUAUUCAGACCCUUUGCUAUUAGACUCGAAAUUGAGCUCCGGUGCAUACUGUUUCCAUUGAUCAACCUUGAUGUUUCUACAACUUGAUUGGAGUCCACCUGUGGUAAAUUCAAUUGAUUGGACAUUAUUUGGAAAGGCACACACCUGUCUAUGUAAGGUCCCACAGUUGACAGUGCAUGUCAGAGAAAAAACCAAGCCAUGAGGUCGAAGGAAUUGUCCGUAGAGCUCCGAGACAGGAUUGUGUCAAGGAACAGAUCUGGGGAAGGGUACCCCAAAAAAUUCUGCAGCAUUGAAGGUCCUCAAGAACACAGUGGCCUCCAUCAUUCUUAAAUGGAAUUGGUUUGGAACCACCAAGACUUCCUAGAGCUGGCCGCCCGGUCAAACUGAGCAAUCGAGGGAGAAGGCCCUUGGUCAGGGAGGUGACCAAGAACCUGAUAGUCACUCUAACAGAGCUCCAGAGUUCCUCUGUGGAGAUGGGAGAACCUUCCAGAAGGAUAACCAUUUCUUCAGCACUCCACCAAUCAGGCCUUUAUGGUGGAGUGGCCAGACGGAAGCCACUCUUCAGUAAAAGGCACAUGACAGCCCACUUGGAGUUUGCCAAAAGGCACCUAAAGACUCUCAGACCAUGAGAAACAAGAUUCUCGGGUCUGAUGAAACCAAGAUUGAACUCUUUGGCCUGAAUGCCAAGCGUCAUGUCUGGAGGAAACCUGGCACCAUCCCUACGGUGAAGCAUGAUGGUUGCAGCAUCAUGCUGUGGGAUGUUUUUUAGUGGCAGGGACUGCGAGACUAGUCAGGAUCGAGGGGAAAGCUGAACGGAGCAAAGUACAAGAGAUCCUUGAUGACAACCUGCUCAGGACCUGAGACUGUGGCGAAGGUUCACCUUCCAACAGGACAACAACCCUAAUCACACAGCCAAGACAACGCAGGAGUGGCUUUGGGACAAGUCUCUGAAUGUCCUUGAGUGGCCUAGCCAGAGCCCGGACUUGAACCGGAUCAAACAUCUCUGGAGAGACCUGAAAAUAGCUGUGCACCAUCCAACCUGACAGCGCUUGAGAUGAUCUGCAGAGAAGAAUGGGAGAAACUCUCCAAAUACAGGCGUGCCAAGCUUGUAGCGUCAUACCCAAGAAUACUCGAGGCUGUAAUCGCUGCCAAAGGUGCCUCAAAGUACUGCAUGAAGGGUCUGAAUACUUAUGUAAAUGUGAUAUUUUUUGUUUUUAAAACAUUUAUAAAAACCUGUUUUUGCUUUGUCAUUAUUGGGUAUUUUGUGUGUAGAUUGGGGGAGGGGGGGGUGGAACAAUUUAAUCCAUUUUUAGAAUAAGGCUGUAAUGUGGAAAAAGUCAAGGGGUCUGAAUACUUUCGGAAUGCACUGUAUAUCUGACCAAAUUAUCAUUUUAAUUUCCGUAAAGUGAGUGUGGAAGAGGUGAGAAUUAUAUUAUAUUGCCACUCCUAUUUUAAAUUUUAAGCCUACUAGAAAGUGUGUGCCCUUAGGCCUGGAGGGAAGCAAAAAUUCAUUCCGCUACCUAAGAGUAGUAGAGCCCCCUUUGCAGGCUCAAAUAGCCGACCAAUCAGCCUGUUACCAACCCUUAGUAAACUUUUGGAAAUAAUAAUUGUUUGACCAGAUACAAUGCUAUUUCACAUCACAGUAAACAAAUUAACAGACUUUAGCACGGUUAUAGGGAAUGACAUUCAACAAGCACAGCACUUACACAUGACUGAUUGGCUGAGAGAAAUUGAUGACAAGAUUGUGGGCGCUGUUUUGUUAGACGUCAGUGUGGCUUUUGACAUUAUCGAUCAUAGUCUGCUGAUGGAAAAACGUAUGUGUUAUGGCUUGACACCCCCUGCUAUACUGUGGAUAAAGAUUUACCUUAAUGGAAGCCCCACCAACAAAAUCCAGGUAGAAUCAGGCAUUCACCAGGGCAGCUGUCUAGGCCCCUUAACUUUUUUUUUUUUUUUUUAAGAUAGGAAAAAAAGUAUCUAAAUAAGCGUUAUACAAUUUUAAAGGUAAAAUACACUGCAUUCAAACAGUCAGCAAUAAUCUGAUGAAUUCAGGGCUUGUUAAAUUAUACCUCGGCUAAAUAUAAGCCUUCCACAACCAUAAGACCCACUAAUAAUGUAAUUAUAGUUUAACCUGUUUUUAAAUUUGCAUUGAGCACUGAUCUGGCUUUCAAGUCUGUCUAUGAAAAAUGGCCUUUUUGUUACAAAUGUAUAACUAGAACCAUGCAUGAUGCACUCACUAACUUCUUGUAGCAGGCAUUAUGCUAUAGAAAAUGAACACAGGUCUCAUCAACAAGCCCACGUGCUAGUGGUUAGCCAGCUAAUCUUUAUAUUUCAAGUUUAGCCAACUUGGAUCUAUUUGAUAGCUAACAAGGUAGAACAGUUUAAUUGUUAUGAACACACCCUUCUGUCUGUUUGAAAAGCAUCCUAGCCUGUCCACUUUGUUCAGAUGCUGAAAUCAAGUGGCCUACCUUAUUUCUCAGAAUGAGAACGAGUUGCCAAUUCCUUGUAUAAUUGUGUUUUAUGCUUAUUGCACAUUAGACAGCUAGUAUAACAGUCUUUGGCUAAAAUGCUGCUAGUGAUACGUGGUACCCAAAUGCCACGGGCGCGACAAACUGAGCAGUCAUUUUUCAGAAUCAAUGUUCAUUGAUACUCUCGUUUUUAGUAGUGUCUGCUCUGCGCGCUAUUUGAGUAGUUGAGACAUUAAAAAGGGUAUUUUUUAAAGAAAUUUUAACUUAUCUAUUACAGUCAAAUAAUCUCUCAAUGUGUUUUGGUGUCCAUAUGACCGAUUCUGUUGGACCAAACUGAGUUGAAACCGCCUGUCCGAGAGGAAGAUGUGAUCUUAACUUUGUUGAAAAAUGUAUGCACUCACUAACUGUAAGUCACUCUGGAUAAGAGUGUCUGCUAAAUGACUAAAAUGUAAAAAGGUUGGCGUGAGUGGCAGUGGGAGGGACUUGGUGUGUGUGUGUGUGUAAACCAUAGAGGAAGAGGUGACGCGAGAGGUUUCACACUCUUUAAAAUCUUUAUAAAAUAAGGCCAAUGUGUUUCUAUGGGCUUAUUUUGGACCUAAGCUUGUCGCCUGCCUUUGGGUUAACGACUCCCGUUGUUAGGGUAGAGACGUGCAUCUCGUCAUUAUAUACAGAUAAUUGGUAUAAAUGGGAAGAUGCAGAGCGAAGGAGAAGAGACCGAACAUACAACAUUAGAACACGCAGACAAACGCUCAUAAAAACCAAAAAUAACAAAACCUUGAUUCUUGCGAUACUGGCAUUUGGAAUAUCGCGCAGAAACAUUUGAAUUAAUUCGAUAUAUCGCCCUACCCUAACGACAUGCCACUGGCUUUGAGUAAAGCCAGAAUGUCUAUGUAUGCGGAUGACUCAACACUAUACAUGUCAGCUACUACAGGGACUGAAAUGACUGCAACACUUAACAUAGAGCUGCAGGUAGUUUCAGAAUGGGUGGCAAGGAAUAAGUUAGGCCUAAAUAUUUCAAAAACUAAAAGCAUUUUUAUUUCGGACAAAUCAUUCACUAAACCUCAACUAAAUCUUGUAAUGAAUAAUGUGAAAAUUGAGCAAGUUGAGGUAACUAAACUGCUUCAAGUAACCCUGGAUUGUAAACUGUCAUGGUCAAAACAUGUUGAUACAUCAGUAGCUAAAAUGGGGAGAAGUCUGUCUAUAAUAAAGCGCUUCUCUGUCUUAACACUGUCAACAAGGCAGGUCCUACAGGCCCUAGUUUUGUCGCACCUGGACUACUGUUCAGUCAUGUGGUCAGGUGCCACAAAAAGGGACUUAGGAAAAUUACAAUUGGCCCAGAACAGGGCAGCAUGGCUGGCCCUUAAAUGUACACGAAUAGCAUAACAUUAAUAAUAUGCAUGGCAAUCUCUCAUGGCUCAAAGUGGAGGAGAGUAACUUCAUCACUAAGAAGUGUUGACAAGCUGAAUGAACCGAGCUGUCUGUUUUUUAAACUACUAGCACACAGCUCAGACACCCAUGCAUACCCCACAAGACGUGCCGCCAAAAGUCUCUUCACAAUCCCCAAGUCCAGAACAGACUAUGGGAGGUGCACAGUACUACAUAGAGCCAUGGCUACAUGGAACUCUAUUCCACAUCAGGUAACAGAUAAAUACACCUUAUGUGAAGAGAGACGCGCGCACACACACUACCCACACGUACAUUGUAAUAUUGUAUGGUGGUAUUAUACAUUUUAUAUGUAGUGGUGUAAUGUUACGAUGUACUGUUUUGUGUAAUGUAAGUGCCUUAAUGUGUUUGGACCCCAGGUAGAGUAGCUGCUGCUUUGGCAGGAACUAAGUGGAUCCCUAAUAAAUACAAAUAAUCAGACGAACAAACAUAUUUUUCUCCCAGGGUAUUGCAGUUGGCAAUGGGAUGUCCAGUUAUGAGAUGAAUGACAACUCUCUCGUCUACUUUGCUUAUUACCAUGGACUCCUUGGGACAAGGUACUGUUAUGGCGUUUUUUUUUUUCUUCCCCUAAUGUCAUCUGUGAGUGGUCAUAUCCUGGUCCCAGAUCUGUUUGUGCCCUUGCCAACUUAAUUUCUGUCAUUGCCAAGCAUGUUGGGCAUGAUAGCACCGACAGACUAGCGCUCAGUCAGACUAUAGUUUUUCAAAUGUACAGAAUAAAUGAGGACUGGUAACGUGGUUCUGUCUUCCUGGCAGGUUGUGGAUUGACUUGCAGGCCUAUUGCUGCGACAAUGGAAAAUGUGACUUCUACAACAAUCGGAACCCCAACUGCUCCAGCAAUGUGAGUCCAUUUACUAUGAUUGAUUCUCCAUUGAUAGCUCUAUAGGAUUUAUUUACAUUGUUCUUCGGGCACAUUGAUUCUCGCAAUGGAAACGAGGUACAUGUAAUGAUUUGAAGGCUAGAGGUGUAUUCAGUAGUUGACUAGUUUGUGUAAAAUUAUCUUGUCUACAUUCUGUUUUAUUGUUGUUAGCACCAAUUUACCAGGUCAAAUUCCUGGUACAUAUAAAUGUACUUGGCAAAUAAAGAUGAUGACCAGUAGUAAAUCUGACACAUUUCCACUUUUUAAAUCUUUCCCCAAUGUGUUUUUUUUUCUACCUUUUUUUUAUUUGGUAUUGUUUUUUGUAACCCCUAGAUUGAUGAGGUGCAGGAGAUUGUCUACAGUUCUGGACUGAACAUCUACAACCUGUACGCCCCCUGUCCUGGAGGAGUUGGCCAGAGAGUCAGGUAAGACCAGCCACUAUCCAGCCACUUCUCAGAUUUCACUGUAGUCUUCACACAAGGAAAAUCUUUCUAACUGCUUCAACAUCUAAAUGAAAAUGCAAUAACAAAGGGUUAACGCCAAAGUUGCGGUCAAUUCAAUUCGGGAAGCAAACUAAUUCCAUUUCCAGAUUUUCCUCAUUUUGGAAUUGGAUUUUCAGUUUACUUCCUGCGUUGACUGGAUUGAAAUGGGAUGUACCCCCUAACCUGCUUUAGCACACAAGCUAUGGUAAUCAAACCGAACAUCUCAGACCUGAGGGAUACACUACGAUUUGAGGCUAGAUGUAGGCUGGGUUUUCUAAAGCUAGCCAGCUUCAGUUAGCUUCACAUUCCAGCUCAGGCUCCAUCCGUACGACUACGGUGGAUAUUGCUCGUCCGCCUGCCGCUACCUCUAGCAGGCUUGUAACUGUGCGUGCGAGUCGCACGUGGCUAGUGAAACGCGUAACUCCUCAUUGAGACGAUGCUGAAACAUCAAUUCAUGGGCAAAUCGGUGCCACAUUUUUCCAUUUGUGCCGAAAUCAAAAAGAAGAAACACUAUAUUGCAAAUUCAGCAGACUAUGGUGUAAAAUAGGCUCUUAGAAGAGCCGUCUUUAUUUUAUUACUUAUCGUUAAUGUAUCAUUGCUUAUCAAUUCACAAGUACCUUUUUCCCCCCACUCCUACGAUACGUUUUACUGUGCGAGAAGUUUCAAAUACAUUGUCAUUACUAAAUGUGAUAGGUAUUUUAAAACACAAAUUGGAUUAAUAAAAUAUUUAAUUGGUUAUCUUCCUCAAAUGAAGGGGAUGCUGACGCAAUAUUAAUAUAACUCGUGGCUCAGACACUUCAUUCAGGAUAAAUGGAGUUGGCGCCGAGAUGUUGGUCUGCCCGGGAUUAGGUUCCUUCUGAAGGAUUCGUUGCCAUAGAAAUGUACCUAAUUUAAAAAGUGAACCACUUUCGUGGUACCGGUUGAACUGACCAAAGUUGCCUCUCACACCACGUGUGUAGUACAGGGCUCUGCAUACAGUAGUUCCUAACUCCUCACACCACGUGUGUAGUACAGGGCUCUGCAUACAGUAGUUCCUAACUCCUCACACCACGUGUGUAGUAUAGGACUCUGCAUAGGUCAAGCCAGUAGCUUCUACUACAGAUGUGUUCUGUUCUCUGACGUGUUAAUGUGUUCUGUUCUCUGACGUGUUAAUGUGUUCUGUUCUCUGACGUGUUAAUGUGUUCUGUUCUCUGACGUGUUAAUGUGUUCUGUUCUCUGACGUGUUAAUGUGUUCUGUUCUCUGACGUGUUAAUGUGUUCUGUUCUCUGACGUGUUAAUGUGUUCUGUUCUCUGACGUGUUAAUGUGUUCUGUUCUCUGACAUGUUAAUGUGUUCUGUUCUCUGUGCAGCAUUGACAAUGGGCACCUGGUGAUUCGAGAUCUGGGGAAUAGUUUCAUCAACCAUGAAAGGACUCAACUGUGGAACCAGGUAAAAAUGAAUUUAUUGUAGAGGAAUACAUUGGGCUGAGGACCUGUUUUCAAGUGUGCUUUGAAUGUUGUUGUUUUUUUAAAAUCUUUGGAUCUUCACGUUCUAGCUGAUUUUUGUUAUAAUUAUGUAUUAGUUGUACACAAUGGUAAUUUCUAGUUUGGUGUUUUUCAGUCCCUUUUUAGUAUGAAUUUCUCAUUAAGGCUGGGUGUAUAUACUCCACCAAGCAGUCUCCGUAGCAAAACGUUACCAGAGCGUGCAUAGUUGCAACCUAAAACAUGUACCAAAAUGUCCGUAAGGAACCUGUCUAUACGAUGCAUGAUUACAGCACUGUAUGGUAAGAGUAUGUGUAGUGCAGGGUUGACCAAUUCGAAGGGGUGUGAAUAUUUUUGAAGGCAUAUCAAGUCUUUCAUUUUAAAAUUCAAAUCACUUCCUGAAUUGACUGACUUCAAAUUGACCCUAACCCGGGUCAAGUAGACCGUAUAUCCAGCCUUAGUUGUGUACCUCUCUGUUGGUCUCGUAGAAGCUGAAGGGUGUGGCGUCUCUGUACAAGCGUGUGAGGCUGGACCCUCCCUGCACCAACUCGACCCCGUCUACCCUGUACCUGAACAACCCCUACGUCAAAGCAGCCCUCCACAUCUCCCCCUCCGCUCUGCCCUGGGUGAUAUGCAGGUAAGUGAGGGGUGUUUACAUUAUUAGGUACAAGGAUGAGGAAACUUGACUCACGGCUCUCUAAUGUUCAGUGGGUAGAUAAUAUGGUCAAAAUACAGGUUUUGACAUGGACCAAUAUGAAUGACCCCUUUACAGGACGAGGUGUUUAGUACAACGUCAUUUGGUGCGUUCUUUAGAUUACCUACGAGAAUGUGAGUGGGGCAGAGCUGUAUUGCACUGUCUUGGUUACGCGUCCACCAUAGUUGUUGGAACCAGUGUGAUAUGGGUCGGCACUAUAGUGUGAAAAGGGUAUCAGCGAUGGGGCCAAUGAAAGGUGAUUGGUUCCGAGAGCAACAAACUUGCGUUGGGUUAAAUUGUUUUAAUUGAUACCACUUUGUGGUUCAGACAGGACCUGUUUCCCCAUCACUGCAUCAACGUAAAUAUCUUAACUAUCCUGACUAAAAGUUUGGUUGUGUUGAUCUCUGCUGUUACAGUGCUGAGGUGAAUCUGAACUACAACCGGCUGUACAUGGAUGUGAGGAAGCAGUACCUGAAGCUGUUGGGAGCUCUGGUGAGCUUGCUAAAGUAUUUUCUUCCAUAUACUGUGCUUGACUAAGCUUGCAUGGAAUAAUGGAGCCAAUAUAAUAGUCCCAAAAGUGCAAACCCUGCACCAAACCUGGCACUCCAGGCAGGCUCCAACACUUGAGGUGUGUUUGUGUGUGUAUAUGUAUAUAUAUAUAUGAACCCAGGUCUGACUGUGAUUAGUGGUCUUGGCAGUAGUGAUAGACAUGUCGUCCAUCUGUCUUGUAGAAGUACAGAGUGCUGGUGUACAAUGGCGACGUAGACAUGGCCUGCAACUUCCUUGGGGACGAGUGGUUCGUGGAGUCUCUCCAGCAGGAGGUAUAUUAACCUUUUUUACCUUCUGCAAGACACUACAUGACAAAGGAUGGAAAAACAGAACACUGACUAGAAAUGAGGCUGCUGGUGUCAUGUCUGGUUCUAUGUGCACCGUGGUGAAGUUUUCAUUGAGUACAGCUCUAGGAUCAGAUUCCCCUCCCACAAUCCAUUUAGUGGGGAAAAUGCUAAACUGACGCAAGAUCAGGAACAACUUCCCUCCACUCCGUUCUAUGCUGUGGCUUGACCCCUGGCUCUGGCCCGUCCCUCCCCAGGUCCAGGUGAAGAGGAGGCCUUGGGUCUACUACACCGGCGAGAGCCAGCAGGUGGGCGGCUUCGUCAAGGAGUUCUCCAACCUGGCCUUCCUCACCGUCAAGGUAACGAUGCAACCAAAUAGAAUUGGAACCUGUAUUCCAUUAUCAUAUUUACCUGUGGAUGUACAGAUUUCUGGCUGCAAGGACUAUCAUUUGGAACAUAAAUUCCAUAAAUACACUAAACAAACACACACUAAAGUUAUUAAUUAAUAACCCCUUGCCCUCUCCACUAGUCCCUAGCCUGUUUGCAGAUCUGUGGUGAACAGCAAUAUCUUGCAGGCUCCUCUAAGCUCCAGUAGGUGGCGCAAUUGUAACACCACAAUACUUUGAAUUAGCUCACUUCACUGAGCUAAAGGCUAGGCAAGUCUUCAGAUCUCAGGCAAGACAAUGGUUCACAGAACAAUCUCUGUCACAUUCACCAAACCGCUUCCUCCUGUCCCUUAGACCAAAGGAAUGGAGGAUUGUAGGGGAUUUUUGCUAGAUGUUUCCGACCAGACAAGUGUUUUGCUGCCAUGUAUACAUUACAUUGUAGCUUGCAUUCCAAUCACUGCAGUAAAAAGCUUCUGACAUUCCUCUCUUGGAAGCAGGUACUGUGGUAAGACACCCAUUUAUCUUAACAUGUAGCAUCGGGCUACAGAGAACAUGUUCAUAGUCCUGUCUGGAAAAAUAUGGGAAGUGCUUUAAACCAGGGUUGUGUUCAUUAGACACCAAAUGGAUGAAAAUGGACUGAAACUGUGAGGUCUUUAUUAUUCUGUUGCAAAACAUUUUAAAGUGUUUUCCUUUGCGUUCCCUAAUGAACAUGACCCAAUUCACCGGCAGAUCACCAAUCAACUUUCUCCUUUUAUUUAUCAACAGGGUUCAGGCCACAUGGUCCCCACAGACAAGCCCAUCGCUGCCUUUACCAUGUUCUCUCGCUUCAUCAAGAAACAGCCUUACUGAUCUGAGGCCUGCUGUGAACAAAGCCUGCAGGAAAGGCUCUUUCUCAUCUCAUUUGAUUUGCACUAGCUCAUGGUGAAAAGCACUGGCUGGUAUCCAACGACCACUGACAUAUUCUCCAAGUGUUUUGUUAGCCUGGUCCCAGAUCUGUUUAUGCCGUUUCGUUUCGGGAGUUGGCUGGCUAUACAGCACAAGCUGAUCUGGGACCAGGGCUAUUGUUUUGUAUGGUGUCCGCUUCGGGUGUUUGAUUCUGCUGUGAUAAGACAUGCUGCUGUAACCUGCCAGCUGAGAUUGAAUUAUAAAGGCAAUUGUGUGAUUUUAUGUAUUUGUCGAUUUAGGAGAAAUUCUAUUCACCAUCACAUUGACUUCAGCUGUUUGCACUGGUUGAUGUUAUGUAUUCAGCGUUCCAUUGUACACAAGGCAAUGGUGGGGUGAAUCC